AUGACUGACGGACAGUCCAUGGAGGUGGAGGCGCCCGUCCUCGCGCCCCAACAGGCCGUCUCGCCCCCAGCGGCCGCGCUGUCCAAGAAGACGCUGGCGUCGGACGCGGCGUCGACCCCCAAGCGCAGGGCCACGAGGAGGAAGACGCUCUGCGACAUCACCAACCUGAGCAAGCGCGACCCGGCCGACUUGCCGGUGGUGCCGGACGAAUCGGCUUGCCCGGCAGCGCCGGCACCGGCGAGCGCGGGCGGUGUUGAGGAAUUUGCGCAGCUAGUCAAGAAGAACGAGGAACUCGUGAGGCACCUCGCGGAGAGAGACGAGAUCAUACAGUUGAGCGGGGCCGAGAUUCAGAAGCUGCGCGUUGCCAACUGGGAACUUGCGCGGACCAAUUCCCAGAUGAUGGCGGAGGUUAACCUAGCAAGAAACAGGUUGAAAGCGUUGCAACAUGAGCUUGCGUGCUCAAGAGCCAGCCUUAAAGUGAAAACAUCUGAACUGGAGGAUGUGAAGAAGACGAUGCAGCGACGUAACGCACCUGUGCAAAGGACGCAGCAUCUGGGUCCUGACAGAGCUGCGCAGACCAAGGAUGGAGAUGUGGUCGAUGCAGAGCCCGAUUCGGACGCAUCGCGUGCGAGGAGCAUCCAGAGGUCCGGGAACGCCAGCAGGAAACGGGUGCUGAGAUCUCGAUCUCUAGGACCUACGACAUCGGCGAAAGUGGCGCUUCCGAAGGAUAAGGAUAAGGAUGCCUGUCAGAGACGAAAGUCCAUGAGAAUACCUCAGCCAGGCAACCGCACGGAGGACUUGUUCGAGAUAGAGGACGUCCAGCUCGCCAUCAGCAGCUGCAAGAUCGAUCCAGAGAGUGCUUCUGGCAGUGACAAGCCUGGGCACCAGUUCUUGCGCAGAUCAUCUCUUGGAAGGCCGCUGCGGCAGGCCAAGGAACGAGUCACCACCUACAAGGAGAUGCCUCUCCACGUUAAGCUCAGGAGGCCCUAG